UCUCCUUUCAGGGAAGGAGGAUUAGAUAUUGAGUAUCUUUGAGUUUCAUGUUCAGUUCUUAAGGAUUUGUAGUCACCACCGAAUGAAUGAGUGUUAGAGCUGGUUAGUGAUCUUCCUGUUCAACCAGGGGUAUGGGGUACCUAACCAGAUUAAAGACAGGGCUGAGACAAAAACUCAGGUCUUUUGACUCCCAGUCUAGUGCUCUUUCUGAUGUGCUCCGGCCACUGCCACUGUUUAUAGACAACUAUGGGGCAGACCAAAUGUACCUGGCUACUUCAAACACACAGGGCCGUGACUGACAGCUGGAGCUAAGAAAAGGCCAAGUUCCCAGAAUGGAAUUCUGUCCCUCAAGCCAGCCAGCACGGUUUUAUGUCUUUUGAUACCUUCCUUUCUUGUGAAACGGGAGCAGAGCCUACUUAAUCCUUCAGCUGCAGCUGAGAGCAGGGGUUAGACUGUGGUUGGGGUUAUUUGUUUUGUGAGGGACAACAGGUCUCUGUUCAGUUGUAUCAUCUUAGAGUCAGGGUUGGAAGGAAAGCUGGAAGUGAUUUGUGAGAAGAGGCAGCCUCCUGUAGUCGACAGAGCAUGGCUUAUCAGAUUCUCAGCGCUUUCUUCGGCUUUUCUUUUCCUUCCGCUCCAGUUUCUGUAUUGCUCCAAAACAGAAGGGAGUGGCUUCGGAGUUCCGUUUCCCGCCGCCUCCGGAGCAGCAGGGAGACAAGCAGGGAGAACAGUAGAGAGACCAGUUGAGCAAAGAGGUAGCGUCGCUACCCGCCCAGCAGCCGGCCGGAACCCCGAAGCCAAUGGUGCGCCCAUGGGCGGGGCCCGCUGGCGGGCGGGGCCGUUCGUGGGCGGGGCCGGCGGCUGGCCCUUUCGUGGGCGGAGCUGGAGGGCCGGAAGUAGCUCGGCGGACCGACGCUAGCCGGGCCCACGGCGCUGAUCCGGUGACCCGGGGACCUCGGGGUGGCGGCCUUGUCUCUGUCCCCUCAAAUCCCCAUCCCCUGCCUUCUCGCCGUCCGGGACGAUGGUGGCCCGCCUGCUGCUGCGCGCCUGGCCCCGGGGCCCUGCAGUUGGCCCGGGGCCCCUGUGUCGGCCCCUUAGCGCGGGCUCGGGGUCCGGCGAGUACCUGCAGCGCAGCAUCGUGCCCACCAUGCACUACCAGGACAGCCUGCCCAGGCCCCUGGUUUGAUAUGUACCUGUCUGCUCGAGACUCCAUUGUCUUGAAUUUUAAUCCAUUUAUGGCAUUCAUCCCUGACCCAAAGUCUGAGUAUAAUGACCAGCUCACCAGGGCAACCAACAUGACUGUUUCUGCCAUCCGGUUUCUGAAGACACUCCGGGCUGGUCUUUUGGAGCCAGAGGUUUUCCACUUGAACCCUGCGAAAAGUGACACUGAUACCUUCAAGAGACUCAUACGCUUUGUGCCUUCUUCUCUGUCCUGGUAUGGGGCCUACUUGGUCAAUGCUUAUCCCCUGGAUAUGUCCCAGUAUUUUCGGCUUUUCAAUUCAACCCGUUUACCCAAACCCAUUCGGGAUGAACUCUUUACUAAUGAGAAGGCUAGGCACCUCCUGGUCCUAAGAAAAGGACAUUUCUAUGUUUUUGAUGUCCUAGAUCAAGACGGAAACAUUGUGGGUGCCUCUGAAAUCCAGGCUCAUCUGAAGUACAUUCUCUCAGACAGUAGCCCUGCCCCCGAGUUUCCCCUGGCGUAUCUGACCACCGAGAACCGAGAUGUCUGGGCAGAGCUCAGGCAGAAGCUGGCGAGUGGUGGCAAUGAGGAGGCCCUGAGGAAAGUGGACUCUGCUGUGUUCUGUCUCUGCCUAGAUGACUUCCCCAUUAAGGACCUCGUCCACUUGUCUCACAACAUGCUGCAUGGUGACGGCACAAACCGCUGGUUUGAUAAGUCCUUUAACCUCAUUAUAGCCAAGGACGGCACUGCUGCUAUCCACUUUGAGCAUGCUUGGGGCGAUGGGGUGGCGGUGCUCAGGUUUCUUAACGAAGUGUUCAAAGACAGCACUCAGGCCCCUGCUGUCACCCCACAGAGCCAGCCAGCCCGCACGGACUCUUCUGUCGCCGUGCAGAAGCUUAACUUCAAGCUGAAUGAUGCCUUAAAGACUGGCAUCAGCACCGCUAAGGAAAAGUUCGAUGCCACCGUGAAAACCCUCACUGUCGACCUCAUCCAGUUUCAGAGAGGAGGCAAAGAGUUCUUGAAGAAGCAGAAGCUGAGCCCUGACUCGGUGGCUCAGCUGGCCUUCCAGAUGGCCUUCUUGCGGCAGUAUGGGCAGACGGUGGCCACCUACGAGUCCUGUAGCACUGCAGCAUUCAAGCACGGCCGCACUGAGACCAUCCGCCCGGCCUCCAUCUUCACCAAGAGGUGUUCCCAGGCCUUCGUCAGGGAGCCCUCCAAGCACAGUGCUGGAGAGCUUCAGCAGAUGAUGACCGAGUGCUCCACGUACCACGGCCAGCUGACCAAAGAAGCAGCAAUGGGUCAGGGCUUUGACCGACACUUAUUUGCUCUGCGUUACCUGGCAGCAGCCAAGGGGAUUGCUCUGCCUGAGCUAUACCUGGACCCUGCAUAUGGGCAGAUAAACCACAACAUCCUGUCCACGAGCACUCUGAACAGCCCAGCAGUGAACAUUGGUGGCUUUGCCCCUGUGGUCCCUGAUGGCUUUGGCAUUGGGUAUGCUGUUCAUGACAACUGGAUAGGCUGCAACGUCUCCUCGUACCCAGGCCGCAAUGCCCGGGAGUUUCUCCAGUGUGUAGAGAAGGCCUUAGAAGACAUAUUUGAUGCCAUAGAAGGCAAAUGCAUCAAAACUUAGCUUCUGAGUGAGUGAAAAACUUCCAUCACUUCAUGGACGUGAAAAUUGGAGCCUAAUAGCCAGUAGGUGCUAGUGUAAGAAUGAAACUAAUCAUGAGGUGCCUAAGCAGCCAGUGCUGUAAGACUUGAGCUUUAAGGUCAUGGUUUUAAAGCUAAACAUAUAAU